GCGCGCCGGCCCCGCACCAGCCAGCGCGCAGCGGCACGGCGGGGAGCAGCUGCGCCCGCGGCUCGGCCCCACGCCUCGCUCCGCGGCGCCCGGGCCCCAAGACUAGCCGCAAAAGCUGUCCUGCCCUGGCCACUGACGCUAUGGAAGACCACAUCAGCUGGUCUAGUCUAUAGGAUGGUAGCUCAGAGUAAGGUGGCAGCAGAUAAUGCAGUUGCAGCAGACCCGAGACGUCUACUUGAGUCUCCAGCACGGGAUCAUCCACAGCCUAGAGUCUACCACGGCUCUGCCCGUCCCAGCACUGUGCAGGCGCAGAGUAACACACACUUUCGAACCUUUCGCUCGCAGGCGGAUUUCAGUAGCAUCACCCGAGCGAGCGCCUUGUUGGAUGCCUGUGGCUUUUAUUGGGGACCUCUGACUGUCAAUGCUGCCCAUGAGAAACUUAAGUCUGAACCUGAGGGCACUUUCCUCCUCAGAGACAGUACACAGAAGAACUGUUUCUUUGCCAUCAGUGUUAAGACUGCUACUGGGCCCACCAGCAUCAGAAUAAACUUCCAGGGUGGAUGUUUCAGCCUGGAUGGCAGUAAGGAGAGUUUUGACUGUCUCUUCAAGCUGUUGGAACAUCAUAUAAACUCCCCUAGGAAACUGCUGGUCACUCCGCUGCGCAAGGUCCGUGUGCGGCCCUUGCAGGAGCUUUGCCGGAAAAGCAUUGUGGCAACGUUUGGAAGAGAGAAUUUAAAUCGUAUCCCUCUCAAUCCAGUUUUAAAGGACUAUCUGAAAUCCUUUCCAUUUCAGAUCUAAGUACAGCAUUACCUGUAUGCAUGCUUUCCGGAGUGAAAGAUGUUUGAGGAAAUCCAGGUUCCUGGGUUUUUAAAUCUGGUCAACAAAAACAGAACUUAUUUUUGUAGCAAUAUACUAUACCUGGAAAUGGAACUUGAACACUUAACUUACUUUGUUUACACAAACUGUUUGCACAAACCUGGGGUUUCUAAACCCUGGCAUAAUCCUUCUGCUGGGCAGAAUAUAAUAUUAUUUUAUAAUAUUUUUAAUGAAAGUAAUGUAAUAAACUUUAUUGUGAAAGUUUUUGAAAAUAA